AUGAUCGACACCGCUUCUACCCAGAGCGGUUCGCCGAGCUCGAUGGGCGACAAGCGUCGCAAGUCACUGUCGGAGACUAUACGGGCGAGGUUGUCUCGAUCCCAGUCGUCCGAAAUCUACGGCGCCAGGACUUCCGAUAGCAGCGGGUGUAGCGUAGGCGGCACGCCGCCUGUCCCGCCGGUGCCGCGAUCCUACUCGAUGAACACUAUCGCCCUCUCCAACACCAUAUCGCCCUCUUCGCUCGCCACUGUAGGCCCAGACGAACUGAAUGCAGCCUGGACAUCGAUCGACCCACCCGCGUUCCCCGCCAGCCCGCAGUACACAGCCUUCUACUGCGAGGAAAACGUCUACCUGCUCGCCCGCCACCUCUCAGCCCACCUCUCCGCCACCAACGCUGCUGCGCACAACAUCGCACGUCAGCAAGCCAGGACCCGCACAUCCGCGCACACUCAGCGAUCGGUCUUCGUACCCGUAUGGGACGUGCACGUUUUGUUCAUCAGCAACUCUACCAAGACCGUGCUGCUGUACGCGCAGUCUGCGUCCAAGCUGCCCAGUGCGGGUUCGCCGGUGAUCUGGGACUACCAUGUGGUCGCUGUGGCCACGUGCCAUUUGGUCCCCCUGCACGAGCUGCGGCUGGCUGCGGACGACGAAGGAAUCAAAGUGCCGGCUGUCCAGGCGAGCAGGAGCUGGGUGUACGACUUCGACACCCUCCUCUCCCGCCCCACGCCUCAGCCGGUUCCUUGGGGCGAGUACAACACGCACACAUUCCACCCGGACGCCAUCCACUCCAAUACGAUCCCACCGCACUUCCGGCCCGUGUUCCGCUGUGUACCGGCGCACGACUUUUUGCGCUUCUUUGCGAGCGACCGCAGCCACAUGCUCCUCACCACGCCUGCGGGCAACACGUGGCACUCCCCGCCUCCCCCCUGGCCGCCCAUCGUCGGCGCAGAGGCGAGAAACGAGGGCUGCGCGAACAACCUGAUGAACAAGUACGUUGACGUAAACAGCGAUGACGGGAGCCUGGGGAGAUACGGGCUCGUUGAGCAAGCCGAGGAGUGGUUGCUGAGGGACACGCCGCCGAUCACGGGGGGAUUGGGCCGCUCAAUCGUCGGUGAUGCGGGCGCAUUAGACGUGAUGUUUGCUCAACAGCCCGCUGAUGUAGGCUUGGGACAACAGGUGACGGCUGGACCAGUCUUCGACGAGAGAAGGGAAGUGCGAGGAGAAGGCACAAACGGCGGACCUAUAGGCGGACGCAUCUCGUCCCCUCUCUUUCCAGCGUACCUUCACACCUCGCAACAGCAUCGUGCUGCUGCUGCUGCUGCUUCUCGACCAGCUUCUUCAACAAUGUAG